ACGAAAAGUAAGUCAUAUUGUACCGUAACCUCGGCUUGAUUUCCUAUCAUGUCCUUCAACGCAUUUUUCAGAGCUCGCGCGCCGCUGGCACUGGCAGCUGCGAGGCCAGCAAGGACACAUUAUCGCUCUGCUUUCCGUCGCUUCAAUUCGACGCAGGCACCCACCCCGAAGUCCAACACUACUCUCUAUGUUGGCUUAGCUGCGCUGGCAAUUGGUGGUGGUGCUGGCUAUUACUACUUGUCUGACAUCUUGGCUGCCCCUGCUCAGGCCACUACAUUCACUCCUACGAAGGAGGAUUACCAAAAGGUGUACAACAAGAUCGCGGAUAUCCUUGAAGACGGAGCGGAGAACUACGAUGACGGCUCGUACGGGCCUGUUCUUCUCCGUCUGGCUUGGCACUCGUCUGGUACAUACGACAAGGAAACUAAGACUGGCGGCAGCAACUAUGCCACAAUGCGUUUUGCGCCCGAGUCUCUUCAUGGCGCCAAUGCUGGAUUACAUGUCGCACGUGAUGUUAUAGAAAAGGUCAAGGCGGAGUUCCCCUGGAUUAGCUAUGGUGACUUGUGGACUCUGGGUGGUGUUUGUGCUAUUCAAGAAAUGGCAGGCCCUAAGAUUCCCUGGCGUCCUGGAAGAGUGGACGGUGUUCAGGCUCAGGCUACUCCCGAUGGUCGUCUCCCGGAUGCUGCGCAAGGUGCUGAUCAUCUCCGAAAUAUCUUCUAUCGUAUGGGAUUCAAUGACCAGGAAAUCGUCGCUCUAUCUGGUGCUCAUGCUCUUGGACGCUGCCACACCGAUCGCUCCGGAUUCGACGGCCCGUGGACUUUCUCGCCUAUCACGUUGACCAACGACUAUUACAAAUUGCUUUUCGAAGAGCCAUGGGUGUGGAGGAAAUGGAACGGCCCGAAACAACUGCAGGACAAGAAGACGAAGAGUCUCAUGAUGCUUCCCACUGACUAUGUUCUGACCCAAGACAAGAGUUUCAAGAAGUAUGCCAAGGCUUAUGCUGAUGAUCAGGAUCUCUUCUUCAAGGACUUCGCAGCCGUUGUCUCACGCUUAUUCGAACUGGGAGUACCCACCGAACAGUUCGCCUCGGCGGAACUUUGGAUCAUGAAGUCAUCGGACGAGAAGUAGACCCCUCCUCCGUCACCAAAUAAUGCCUCCUAGAGAAACACUAGACGCCCUGAUUCUUUUUAGAGUAGAUCUAGAUGUCUCUUGCGUGCUGAUAUGUAUAUUUAGCUACAAUCUAUACUUUAGGUUACCUGCCGUGUAUAAAUUCCGAGGUACAGGGUUUGCAGUAUGCACGAUAAAAGUCUACGAAGUCUAUGUAAGAAUGAUGAUACAGGAUGGAUGGAGAGGGGAACACUGCGAUCG